CGUCACUAAUUCAAUGUCGUAUAGUGCUAGUGCUAACGUUGUAAUCAAUGUCUCAAAUGUUAGCUUCUUACCAUAUAUUUCGAAUCUCAUCACACAUCCUUAAACACAAGAAGAAACGUAUCAUCAAAGUCUACUUCACACUCCACCAUCUUCUUUUCAAUAAUAGAGAUAUAUAAUAUGAAAAUUUGCAUAUUUGAAUCUUAGGUUGUGUUGUGGUUCAUGUUUCAUGGUGGUGAAGCUGAUGAAGAACAAGGGAAACUAAAGAUUCACAUGUCCAAGUCCCAUAUUGUACUAGCUGAUACUUGAAGUGUUUGGUGCACCCUUAGCCACAGUCUUUACUUUUGUCCCAUUGUUACAAGUCUCUGACAAUUUAUAUUCACGUGUGUGAAACUUGCAUCCUGUGUAUUAUUCAGCACUAUAUAGUACACCCUCUCUGUGUAAUUUCUACACAAACUAACAUGGAUGCUAGAAAUUUGUUGAAGUUCCUGGUUUUUUCAUUUGGUAUAGCACUAGUUAUACUUGCUACCUGGUUUCACCUUCCUUCAUCAUUCAACAAAGAAGCUCUAGACUGCAACAUCUUCUCUGGAUGGUGCACCUCAAAGAACCGUUUUCAAUCUUCAAAUCCAAUCCACAAACCAUCCUUCUCCACUCGCCGUCAACAACCAAACCAUGAAUCCGAUGAACCUCGCCACCCUUUAGACCCUCUAACCAUCCAAGAAUUCAACAAAGUUCGUGCGAUCCUCUCGACACACCCUCUUUUUAAGUCCUCAAACAGUUACACUCUCAAUUCCAUUGUUCUAGAAGAACCAGACAAAGAACUUGUCCUCAAAUGGAAAAAUGGUCAACCAUUACUUCCUAGGAAAGCCUCUGUGGUUGCACUUGAUAAACGUGUCACUCACACUCUCACUGUUGAUCUUAGCACAAGUGAAAUAACCAACCAUGAAACAAGGCCAGGUUCUUCUGGAUACCCUACAAUGACACUUGAGGAAAUGGUUGCUGUACUCGAUGUUCCAUUGAAGAGUGGCGAGUUUAACAGCACGAUUAGAAAACGCGGUGUGAAUUUAGCAGACCUUGCAUGCCUUCCAGUCGCUUCAGGGUGGUAUGGAACACCGGUUGAAGAGAAUAGAAGAUUGAUUAAGGUGCAGUGUUAUUCAAGCAAAGGCACUGUCAAUUUCUACAUGAAACCGAUAGAAGGUUUAACUGUGUUGGUUGAUAUGGAUAAGAGAGAGGUUGUGUCCAUUACAGAUAAUGGACUAAACAUUCCUGUCGCAAAUGGUAUCGACACUGAUUACCGUUACUCAGUUCAGAAACUCAACGGAGAGUUGAACUUGAUAAAUCCAAUUUCCUUGGAACAACCAAAAGGUCCAAGCUUUACAGUUGAUGGACAUUUGGUGAAAUGGGCUAAUUGGGAAUUUCAUCUCAAACCCGACCCUAGAGCUGGAACCAUUAUUUCUCAAGCUAAAGUGAGAGAUCCAGAUACAUUAGAGAUGAGAAAUGUUAUUUACAAAGGGUUCACUUCUGAACUUUUUGUGCCUUAUAUGGAUCCUACUGAUGGAUGGUAUUUUAAGACAUACAUGGAUGCUGGUGAGUAUGGAUUUGGUUUGCAAGCAAUGCCUUUAGACCCUUUAAAUGAUUGUCCAAGAAAUGCUUACUACAUGGAUGGAGUGUUUACUUCUGCUGAUGGAACACCAUAUGUUCAACCAAACAUGAUUUGCAUUUUUGAGAGUUAUGCUGGUGACAUUGCUUGGCGACACGCCGAGUGUCCAAUCACUGACAUUAAGGUUACAGAAGUGAGGCCAAAGGUGACACUGGUGGUUAGAAUGGCAGCAGCAGUGGCAAACUAUGACUAUAUCAUGGAUUGGGAAUUUCAAACAGAUGGGCUAAUCAGAUCCAAGGUUGGACUAAGUGGUAUCUUGAUGGUGAAAGGAACAACCUAUGAUCACAUGAACCAAGUACCAGACCAAGAAUAUCUGUAUGGAACCCUUUUAAGCGAAAACAUUAUCGGUGUAAUCCAUGACCAUUACGUCACAUAUUACCUUGACAUGGACAUUGAUGGCUCAGACAAUUCAUUUGUAAAGGUAAACAUAAAGAAGCAAGAAACCUCUCCAGGAGAGUCACCAAGAAAGAGUUACCUGAAAGCUGUGAGAAAAGUGGCUAAGACAGAAAAAGAUGCUCAAAUAAAGCUUCAACUAUAUAACCCGUCCGAAUUUCAUAUGGUGAACCCUUCAAAGAAAACUAGAGUGGGGAACCCUGUUGGGUACAAAUUGGUUCCAGGUGCUACAGCAGCUAGCUUACUUGAUCAUGAUGAUCCACCACAAAAGAGAGCAGCUUUUACAAAUAACCAAAUUUGGGUCACUCCUUAUAACAAGAGUGAGGAAUGGGCAGGUGGCUUGCUUGUUUACCAGAGCCAAGGCGAUGAUACUCUUCAAGUGUGGUCUGACAGGGAUCGUCCAAUUGAGAACAAGGACAUUGUGUUAUGGUACACAGUAGGGUUCCAUCAUGUACCAUGUCAAGAGGACUACCCUAUCAUGCCUACUGUAUCUUCAAGCUUUGAUCUGAAGCCAGUCAAUUUCUUUGAAAGAAAUCCAAUCCUAAGAAUGCCACCAAAUUUCCAAGAUGAUUUACCUGUUUGCAAGGCACAAGAUUCAGCUUGAGAUCCUAUCUAUUGCUUUUAGUCUUUUUUUUCUUUUCUUUUUUUGUCAAUGCUUUUAGUCUUAACUAUGUGUAUAAAUGAUGUCGAAACAAACUCGUGGCUUUAAAUAAUUUAGUAACGGUAAUGGUCAAACUUUGACUGUAAUGUGAAAAUAUGUAGAAUGUUUCA